AUGUCUCAUUUCCGAGCCAAGCGGCUGGAUCUCGGCGGCUUCAUCAAUGCCCGCAUCAUCCGCGACCACACCAAGCGCAAAGUCUUUGAACAGUUUGAGCCUGAGAGACAAGCGCUCCGUUAUGCGAUCCGCAACACAUCUCUCCCCCAGCGUGUGCGCGUACAGGCGCAACUCCAGCUCUCACAGAUGCAUGCGUACACCCGGUCGACCCAGAUCAAGAACCGAUGUGUGGCAGGAGGAGUUGCGAGAAGUGUGUUUCGCGAUUUUAAGAUUGCAAGGUACCAAUUCCGCGAACAAGCACUGGCUGGCUUGCUGCCAGGUGUGAGAAAAGCUUCUUGUCAUCUCAUCCUCACAUCGGUUCUGUCACUCGUCCUUCUGACCGAAAGGAUGCUGGUCUACCAAGAAAAAGACCUUCCCAAGGACCCUGUUUUUGUCCCAGAUUUGGAAAAGCUUGGGUACUUUAUCAACGACAAAGACCAAAUCCGCCAGGUUGCCAACCCAGAAGCCGACUUCAAGUUCAAACUUACCAACAACGAAAGAUGGAACGAUGUGCACGGCAAUGCAAUGAAUGAAUGCAUCCGUCGGAUCGUUCUGGAACGUCUCAGUGCUCUGUCCCUGUCGACCGUCCGUCUUCCUCCAGGCGUACAAGAAGGGGACAAGCACGUGCCAAUUCUGUGCUCGUCAAACCUGAGACAGGCUAAGCGGGUCGUUGUCGUUUUUGGCAGCUCGACCCAGGAUCUCGGCAUCUGGGCCUACAGAAGCAUCGGCAAACUAUCUAUCAACGGUGGCUCCAUGGUCGACUUUGCAAAGACCGUUCUGAAAAAAGACGGCGAUGAGCUUUCCGAGAACGACGAGGAUACAGCAUUGGUGAUUGCAAAUGCUGGACAGUUGUACUAUCACUGGGGCUCGGGAACUGCGGUCUCGUACCGAACAUGGUUUGCUCUCCCUCAGCAGUCGGCAGUACACCCGCCGCUGAAGUGGUCGCUGCGCAAUAGGAUUCCUCAGAAUGCCAACUGCGAGGAACAUGUGAAAUGCGUCUUUGAAGGGAUACUGGCGGCUCGGGGCCAGCUGGUGCACGAAGAGGCCAAGAUUGAUGUUAUUGCAGUCUCGGAUGGGGCUCAGCAUGCCACACGAUACUUGGCAGCGAACUGGGAGAAAUGGAAAGACUACAUCGCAGCGAUGUGCCUCGCAGAUCCGAUACACAACAAAAGCGAGCUGGUCAACGAAGGCAAAGAGAUCGACAUGGACGUCGGACUAGAAAUGGGCUCAUUUUCCCGCUUCCUGUCUACGCGCUGCCGCGCAUACAUCCUGUCUCCACACCCCGCAGAGUGGCCAGUGCCGGGCACGCUGGAUUACGGCUGCAACACGUUCUCGUCGGGCGAGCCCGUUCACUCGGAGGCUUCGAUUGUGUCGUGUUGGAGGAGCAUGUUGCAGUGGCUCGACAAGCUCCACGCGGACCCGUCGUACGAAGAGGUCGAGCUGAUCAUUGCCGAGGAAGAGGACGACGAUGGAUGGGAGAAGCGGAAACAGCAGGGGGAGGCUGAGGCUGAGGCUGAGGUAGUUGUCGACGAGGGCGAGACAGGGUCGUGA